AUGGAGAUGGACAACAACCUCCUUACGACAAUGGUGGAAAGGUGGAGAAAAGAAACACACACAUUCCACCUUCUAGAGGGAGAGAUGACGAUUACGUUGAAGGACGUGGCCAUGCUGACAGAGCUUUCAAUCAAUGGUGAUGCCAUAAUCGAGAGUUCACAGAAACUAUUGAAUGGUUGGGGCCAAUUCAUAAGUGAGAAUUUAGGCAUCAACAUCGCUGAGAAAGCACCACAAGAUCGUCAUGUACCACCUCUACACAAGUCUGUGCUAUCGAUCCAUUGGCUAGUGAGGACCUUUGGUUCGUUGUCGGCGGAUGCCACGGAUGAUCAGAUAGAGAGGUAUGCUCGCAUCUACCUAAUUUAUUUUGUUGGAAGAUUUUUGUUUCCGAACAAGUCUGGUGGAAAUCUACAAUGUACGUGGCUCUGA